AUGGCUACUUACCAACCUUAUAACGAAUAUUCAACGGUAACGGGCGGUGGUUUUGAGAGCUCUCAAAACUCGAGCCGGCCCAACACAUCAGGGGGUAACAACUCACAGUCCACACUGAUUCCUGUAACUAUCAAACAGGUGAUUGAGUCUAAACAACUGGUACAGGAUGGCCCAUUUGUGAUCAACAAUCUAGAAUUACAUCAUGUGUCCUUUGUGGGAGUAGUUCGGAAUGUUGUAGAUCACACAGCUAAUAUCAACUUAACAAUUGAGGAUGGGACAGGUCAAAUAGAGGUCAGAAAAUGGAGUGAUGAGUCCAGUGAUAUGGCAAACGCUGCGCAGCAAGAAGAAAACCAGGACGGACCAUAUAACUCGCAGGUUGCGCAGAUGUAUCAGGUGGGAACAUAUGUCAAGGUUUAUGGUGCUCUGAGGGAGUUUAGCGGGAAAAAGAACGUGCAAUUUGCAGUUAUCAAACCUGUAGAGAGUUUUAACGAGGUGAUUGCUCAUCACUUGGAAGCUAUGAAAUGGCACGCGAUUGCCAACGGGCUACUGGAGUCCCCUGGUUUCCAUGCUAGCGCCAAUAUUCAACAAUCUGGAGAGCAGCAGAGCCUUUUUGUACAAGACAAUGCAAAUGAUCCCAAAACGGCUUUACAGAGAAUUCUUGAUUUUUGUAAGCAGCAAUGUGAUGGCAAAGAUGCUAAUGACUUUGCUGUACACACGAAACUCAUCUCUCAGUCUUUGGGCAUUCUAGAGGACGAUGUCAGGAUGUAUUGCCAAACCUUAACUGAGCAAGGUUUCAUUUAUCCAACUUUCGAUGAUAAUAGCUACUUUAUUCUUUGA